AAAUGCAAUGCAUUUAUCUCUCUUGAGCUUUUCUCUCCGGUGAAAGGCUAAGAACAUCAAAGAUGACCAUUGAAGGAGAGCGAGAGAAAAUGGCGAAGGAGCUGUUGUCUGGUGCGAAGGAAAAGCUAGGGACCCUUUUGAAUGGAAAGAAUGGGCGUCUGAAGAACAAACAUGGUCAUGAAGAUUUGGAGAAGCUUUCUUUCGAUUUCCCAAGCUUGGUUGCAAAUAUUGAAGAAGCAGAGGCCAUAUUCCUCACGCCGACGGCGAGAUCCAAAGGAGAGUGGGCUGCGUCGUCGCUUAAAAAAUUUCUUGAACUCAAAGCAUUUGUCUAUGAGGUGGAAGACCGAAGAUCGCUCGUGUUAGACGAGCGGAUCAGAAUCGAAGCUCUCAUGUCACAGGAGCGUGGUAUUGCUCGUGUUAUGAGUUGUCAUCGUCAAUCCGAACCUGAUGAGCAAGGCAACACCCACUUGAUCUGGAGUCAAAAUUUUCGGCAUAAUUUUAACAAGGUGCGCAAGUUCUUAUUCAGUUGCCGCAGAAAUUUUCGGCAUAAUUUUACUGAUCUGGAGUCAAAAUUAGACAAAAACUUUUCCUGGAUAUAUGAGAUCCAUUCCCCCGGGAAUUCCCCUGCUACUGAAAAUUCCAAGUCUCCUAAGCUCCCCCCAAAGGUUUUUGGCCGGAAUGAAGACAAAAUAAGUAUUGUAAACUUACUUGAGUCAGAUGAUGAUCAACAGUGCCAGCAGGGUCUACCAGUGAUUUCAAUUGUUGGUCCAGGGGGAAUUGGGAAGUCCACCCUGGCUAAACUUGUCAUCAGCGAUGAUAAGGUAAGGGAGCUUUUUCAUAACAUAAUGUGGGUUGUAGUGUCUGGUCAUGAAGAUUUGGGUAGAAUUGCAAAAGCUCUUUUAAUGUCUGCCAGUCUAAGGGGAGAUGAUCCCUUACAACUUCUUCAAGAAGUUAUGGGGAAAAACAGAUCUCUACUUGUGUUAUAUGAUGUGAGGUUUCUGGACGUUUUGAAGGUAAAGCAGUUGAAGGAUAUUCUCCUGCAAACUGGGCACAAUGGAAGCCGAAUUUUGAUCACAACUCGAAAUGAAAAGGUUGCGAGGGAAUUGGGCACUUCAUUACCCUAUUUCUUGCAGCCUCUGAACAUGGAUGCUUGUUGGCUCUUAUGCCAAACAGUAGCAUGCCCGAGUAGUGGUGGAAAUCAAGGUUUUUUGGAACAAAUCCAAAAUGACGAACAUUUGAAGAGCAAGAUCUUCAAAAGAAGUGGAGGAUUGCCUCUGUUUGCCGAGGCUUGGGGUGAAAUUCUUCGUUUGAAGCAUACGAAAGGAGAACAUAAAUCGAUAAUGGAAUGUGAGAUUAGGGAAACUGAUAGCAGUGUUUGGGAUAAACUCUGUCUGACACUCGAAUCGAGUUAUAGUUCCUUGCCCAAACAACUGAAACUAUGUUUCAAGUAUUUCUCACUGAUACCAAAAGGGUACUGGAUAGAAAAGGAAGUGUUAACCCAGUUAUGGAUGGCUGAGGUUUUCACUAAUCCUGAAGAGGAGGAAACUGCUGAGAAAUGCUUUGACGAAUUGCUGUCUGAGACUUCUUUCUUUAAGGAAAUAGAGAAAGACGAAGAUGGGAACAUAGUUAGAUGCAAGAUCCAUGAACCAUUGCAUGAUAUCAUUUGUCACAUAUCCGAGAAAGAGUUCUCUGUUAUAACGGAUGGAAGAUUCAGUGAACCAUGCUCCCUUCAUUCUUCAUUGUGUUGCAUCGAUAAAAUGCCUGCUGAUAAAGAAGACUUCAAAUAUGAUGCCAAGAAAUUACGCACCCUCUUAUGUUUCAGGAGUCCAAGCAAUCUCAAGGUGAGUGAUUUGAUCUCUCACUUUAAGCUGCUUAGGGUAUUAGAUUUGAGUUCGUCUAUCAUUGAAGAGUUGCCCCAUUCUGUUGCCAAAUUGGAAUACUUGAGAUACCUCAAUUUAUCUAAUACCCAGAUCAAGAAGCUCCCUGCAUUUAUUUGCAAACUCUAUUUGCUUCAGACCUUGAAGCUUUCACAUUCAUUACUCAGUGAAUUGCCUAGAGAAACAUGGAAACUUCAAAAACUGAGGCAUCUAGAAAUCGAUGGCACUCCCAUGAAUCAUUUAGCACCUGGGAUUGGUAAACUCAUUAACAUACGGAAGUUGAGUGAGUUCAUUGUGGGGGGUGAUGGUGGAUGUAGCAUUGGAGAGCUGAUGAAUCUUCAACACCUCCAAGGAAAGUUAAUUAUUAGUCACUUGGACAGGGUUGUUAACCACGACGAGGCCAAAAGAGCAAAGCUAGAUACAAAAUCCUGCAUAGAGCAUCUGAUAUUGGAUGGUAAGAAACAUUUGAACCCACAAAAUUUGCGGCACAAGAGGCGUUUCAAUUCGUUGUUGUUGGAGCACAUGUGUAGUAACAAGGCUGAGUUCAAACCAGACAAUGAUAGCAAAAUAAGUGAGGGAGUGUUUGAAGGCAUCAAUCCACAUUCAGGCUUAAAAAAGUUAGAGAUAUGGAACUAUUUUGGGUCCAAGCUUCCUAGAUGGCUGGAAGAUGAAUCACUCAGUGGACUGGUCUCUUUAAAAGUUGCUAAAUGCUUGAAGAUGGAACGUAUGCCCCACCUUGGUGGACUGCAAUCUCUUAAAUUUCUCCACAUAUGUGGAAUGGUUGAAGUGAAAAGUAUAGGAAUCUGUGAUCUAAAAGGCUUUCCCAAUUUGGAGCAGCUCACUUUGGAGGAAAUGCCUAAAUGGGAGGAAUGGAAGUUGGAUUUGCACGAAGGAGCCUUGCCCUGUUUAUUGAAACUGAUACUCUCUAACUGUCCCAGAUUGAAAAAACUUCCAGCCAUGCCACAGACAUUGAGGAAAUUAGAAAUUCAUGAUUGCAAAGAUAUUGAAUGGAAUGACCCACUCCAAACUUUGGAGUGCCUUGUGCUGAAAGGAAAGGUUGGGAAUUUGUUUUCCUUACCAAAUGCUCCCAACCUUUUGUCAUUGACCAUUGCCUUAUCGCCGGAAAUGACAUCUUUUCCAAACGGAUUUGAAAAACUCGAGUCACUUUCGGCACUUACCAUCAACUUUUGUCCAAGGUUGAUAUCACUUCCGAAUGAGCUGAAGCAGCUCAGAAAUCUUCAUAUAGCUGGAUGUCGACUUCUAAUGGACUGGUUGAAGAAAAAUAAAAAGGUUUGGAAGAAUAUACCACAUGUACAAGUGGAGAACAAGGUGCUUACUCUAUCCAACCUGCGUAAGAAAUCUCUUGCCUCCCCCAGUAACUCAAAAGGUUGGUUAUGCUACACUGGCUGCAGUUAUGGUGGUGAUGAUAUUCAUGAUGGCAAAGAAGAAGAUUUUGAUUAUGGUGACAGCGGUUAUGGCAAAGAAGAUGCUUACAAUGAUGAUAACAGUGACUGAGAAGAAGAAGAUGAUUAAGAUGAUUGGCAGUGCCAAAGGCAAAGAUGGCAAGGAUGGUACAGUGAUGGCGGUAGAAUGUUGGAAAUUGAGAAAGGGAUACAUUGUUCUAACUAAUUUUUGUUGAAUCAAGUGGUCCACCAAUAUUUAUGGUUACUUUGAGAAGUUCAUUAUUUGAUGAUGAGCACACAAACUCUCUUAUAUAGUCUUUUCUUUUAUUUUGUCUACUCAAGAGCUUUAAUUUAUUAAUAUGUAUUGGCACCAAGCCAUUUGAAUGUUCAAUGAAAUGUAUUUUUAUUUUUA